AUGCGAGCGACUAGUUGUGUAUCAUGUCGAAUAUUUGGUUGUAGGACGCAUUCAACACCAUCAACACAAAGUACAUCUUCACAACAAUGUGCUGAAAUGCGUGGUCAUCGAGAAACCAUUCUUGAAUCAUUAGUCGAAAGUGAACAACGUUAUGUAACAGAAUUAGAAGAUUUUAUUGUAAAAACAAUUCAACCGUUGGCUCAUAUGCUUUCAACAUCGGGUCAACCAUAUCUCCAUUUGGAAGUUCAUUAUAUUGAUGAAUUAAUUAAAUUUCAUCGUCAUUUAGUUCAUGCUUUACGUGAUACAAUAAAAACUCAACAUCGUAUUGGUGGAAUAUUUCUUCAGUUAGCACCAAGUUUAAAACCAAUAUUAGAAGCAUAUUGUUAUCAACAUGCUAAAGCACUUUUUUUACUUAAUCAUAAUAAAGAUCGAGUAUUAACAGCUUUAUCAAAAAUUGAUGCAUCAAAUGAUGCUAAUCAUGCAUAUAUACAAUUAAUUAAAAAUUUAUCAUUACCAUUAAACCGUUUAGAAAAAUAUGCUACUUUACUUAAAGAAUAUUUACAUAAUCUUGAAGAAUUUCAUGUUGAUCGCGGUGAUGCACAACGAGCUGCAGAAUAUUAUGCAGAAUUAGCUUGUUCUGGUGCUGAGUGGCGUAAACGUAAAGAAUGGGAACUUGAUAUUGUUCAUAGUACUAUACAUGGACUUGGCUCUGAAUCUUUGAUAUCAUUUGGUGAUGCAAUUUGUCUUAGUCCUGUUAAUAUUCUUUCAGAAAAUCUUGGACAAAUAGCACUUGAACGUAUUGCUAUUCUUUAUCCAUCAACACUUUUUCUUCUAUCAACAAUAAAAUCUUCAACUUCUCAACAAGAAUAUCAAAUAGAGAAUCGUUUUCCAAUAAAUCAAAUAACUGUUAGUAAAAUUCUUGACGAUAAUAUUUUAGGCAAACGUGCUUUAAAAAUUAAUGCUCCAGCAAAUCAAUCAAUGAUUAUUUCAUUUCCAAGUCCAGUUGAAUAUCAUGAAUGGUGUGAAAAAUUUUGUUCAUUAUUAUCUACAAAAUCACCUCAAUCUUAUUAUCAUCAUAAUCUUAGUGCACCUUAUACACCUCAACAAGUUUCAAAAUCGGCAUCAUCACUAACUGGUACAAUAACGAAAACACCUCCACAAAGUACUAGUAAUGCUUCUGUGAAGAAUCCAUUUCGUUCACCAACACCAAAAACUAACUUACAACCUGCAACAUGGUCUAAGGGUUGUCUUCGACCACAUUCACCGUUACGACCUCGUCAACAAGGCCCUAUUAAUAGUUAUUCAUCAACUACAACAACUGGUACAAAUUUAAUGAGUUCGCCAACACCAUCAUCAAGCACUGGUAUUAAUCUGAAUGAUUCAUCAAAUAUUCAAAAUGAAAGUGGAUCUAAUCGAACACUUAAACGUUUUAUGACAAUGAAAAAAUCGAAAGCGAAUGAAUUUCUUAAACGAGUUGAAACCAGUGAAGGUGAUUCCCUUUUACUUUCUGUUAUUGAAGCAUAUUGUAUAACAAAUACGAAUAGUGGUACUGCUAUUGCUGGUUUAAAUUCUCUUAUAUCUAAAACACGACAUUCAAUACCAGCAAUUGGAACUACUAGUAGUAGUAAUCUUGAACAUCCAUUACAAUUAGUUAGUGUACAACAAAAUAUCUCAUCUGAUCAUUCAAACAUUCCAUUAUCAACUGUUCAAUUAACGAAUACAACAAAUAUUGAUAUUGAACGCCGUACAAUGUUAGAUAUGAUGAAUGAACUUCGUUUAGGAUUCCGAACACUUCAACAAGAAUUAGAAGAAGAAAAACGAGCACGUCGACAUUUAGAAAGUCAGAUACAACGAUUACUUAUUGUUACAAGUGGAAAAUAA